GUUGCAAAGGGAAAUGACUCUCUCACCCCUUAACUCCCUUCAACGGCCUCAGUUUGGAUAGAGCCAAUCAAGAAUGACAUAAUUAGUAUACUACACUUCUUGAAAAUCCUUUAGCCAUGGCUGCAACACUAAGCAUUCAAGGAUCAUGCAUCAUCAAAAAUUCUUCAAAUUCGUCCAGUCCCCAGAAUGACCAGCAGCUAAAGCAGGUGUUUUUAAAGUUACCAAUUUCAAGAAGAUCUGUAAUUCUCAUCUCUGUGUUGCCCCUUAGCCUCAGUUUGGUUCCUCAAACAUCCAUGGCUAGAGAAAGGCGCAAUAAGAAGAACAUCCCUCUUGAAGACUAUCAAACUAGCUCUGAUGGAUUGAAGUACUAUGAUAUUCUUGAAGGAAAAGGUCCUGUAGCUGAAAAGGGCGCCACUGUACAGGUACAUUUUGACUGUGUAUAUCGUAAAAUUACUGCAGUUUCAAGUCGAGAAUCUAAACUGUUGGCUGGAAAUCGUAGCAUUUCACAGCCUUACGAGUUCCAGGUUGGAGCUCCUCCUGGGAAAGAGCGGAAACGUGAUUUUGUGGACAAUCCAAAUGGUUUAUUUUCUGCUCAAGCAGCCCCCAAACCUCCAAAAGCAAUGUACUCAAUAACUGAAGGGAUGAAAGUUGGAGGAAAGAGGACUGUGAUCGUUCCUCCAGAAGCUGGAUAUGGCUCAAGGGGAAUGAAUGAGAUUCCGCCAGGGGCUACAUUCGACCUGAAUAUUGAACUAUUGGAAGUAAAAUCAGCGGAAGGGAAGAAAUAGGUGCCCGGACUGUAGAAUAUAUAUGUCUUGCCUUUCCUCUUGUUCAUUAUUGUAAAAGUUUUGUUCUCUCUCAUGAACACCAAUCUCUAAGGAACCGAUAGCAGUUCUCACUUACUCUUCACGUUACUUGAACCACGACUUACUGGUUGAAGGUGGAGGUGCCUCACCAACUGUGCCAACUACUCUCAUCAUCGUCAACAUUUUGUUAAGUUAGCAAGUGAUUCUUUUAACUUUUGAAUGUAGAAGCUCAAUAUCGUCCCAUGAAUUUUGUUUCUCCUUCAUGUUAACUAUUCAAUGUUUGUAUGUAGAUGGAAUAACUUGCUUCCCCUUUUUUCC